AGGCAGGGAGUCUCUGGCUCGGUUGGUCGCUACGGGUCUUCGACGACGACCCGUCAGUCGUUAGGAAGCAGCGGCGGUGUGAGCACGUCGCUCCCGUGUAGCAAUUUGUAUCGGGCAACCCUGGUGAGGAGCGAGGCGGGUCCCAGCUGACGCCGUCACCCAGGAGAGACACUACACUCUUCACCACCACAAUGCCCUACGCCAACCAACCCUCCCUCAACCUCACCGAACUCUCAGAGGAGAACAUCAAGUUUUACAUAGAAGACACAGAUCUAAGUGUGGCGAAUAGUAUCCGGCGAAUUUUUAUGGCCGAAACUCCCACUAUAGCAAUUGAUUGGGUUCAACUCGAGGAGAAUUCUACAGUCUUGAGUGACGAGUUCAUUGCACAUCGCAUUGGCCUCAUUCCUUUCACAUCUGAUGAGCGUGUUGAACAGAUGAAAGGCCCAAGGGACUGCUUAUGCACAGACUAUUGCCCAGAAUGUUCAGUAGAGUUUACUUUAGAUGUCAAGUGUCAGGAUGACCAUACACGUCAAAUCACCACGGCAGAUCUCAAGUCUUCGGAUGCCAGAGUAAUACCAGUCACCUCACGCCACCGUGAGGAUGAAGCUAGUGAAUAUGGUGAAUCUGAUGACAUUCUUAUAGUUAAGCUUCGCAAAGGUCAGUCAUUAAGACUCCGAGCUUAUGCUGUUAAAGGAUUUGGCAAGGAGCAUGCAAAGUGGAACCCCACAAUCAGUGUAGCCUUUGAGUACGACCCAGACAACGCUCAGAGGCAUACUCUUCUCCCAAAGCCAGAAGAAUGGCCCAAGAGUGAAUACUCUACCUUGGAUGAAAAUACACCCCAGGCAGAGUUUGAUCCAACAGCUAAACCCAACAAGUACUAUUACAAUAUUGAGAGUGCAGGAGCUCUUAAGCCAGAGAAUAUUGUAAUGAUGGGGAUUGCAGCUCUUAAGAAGAAACUCUCAGAUUUGCAGAACCAGUUAAGUAUGGAGGCUCAGUCAGAUGCAUUGGCUAUCAAUUAAAAAGUUCAUUCACAUCCAAUACUUUAUCAAUUUUAUUUGUCAGUAUUCAUUCAUUCAUUCAUAUUAUUUUAAGUAAUUUUAGAACACAUCAGGAUUAGUAUUUUUUGGUUAGGUGUCUUUACAAAUAAGAUGUAAGUUUAUUUUACCAGCUUGUGAAACAAAUCAGGUCACAAACACUGAACAAUUUAGGAAGAUUGAUAAUAAGAAGCAUUUGUAUCAAAUAUUACAUGUUUUCUGUGAUUAAGUGGCUAUAUUUCUGAAAGGGCCCCCUUGUGGCAUUCUGUAGCUAACAUCUCCAAUGUGUGUAAUGUCUAAAAGUUGCCAUCAGUUGUGCAGUUCUCUGGCAUACUAGAGACCCUGUGCUAGAGCCUGGUAUCCUCACAGAGGUGCAGGGAGCAGUGACAUGUGUGUUUUUAUAUGCCACCACCAGGGAAGGCACGCAAAGUUGCCAAGACAAAACAGUAGUCUUGUUGUUUAGUUUCCACCAUUGGCUACUUUUUAUAUCUGCAGACUCACAAUAGCCAAAGAACUCUCUAAACUAGAUAGACAAAUGGCCAAAAUCAUUAAAAUACUCGUUUACCCCACCCCCACCCUCGUUUUGGGGUGGGGGUGGGCAGUCUGUGGUUCCUAGGCCACACAGUAGUCAGUUCUCCUCUGAUAUGUUGGGCUGCCACAGUCACUCUGGCCCCAGUGUUGUUUUCUUGGAGAUCUUUUGCCCUGGUGGCGGUUCUUUAUGCUUUUAGUGUGAGUGCACCAGGAGUUUUGUUCACUAGGAGCUUCAUGUGCUCAUGGUUCUCUUCUCUGUGCACUCCCUAGUUCUUCCCUUGCAUUGCCAGGGACCUCUUCCCAGAAGUGUUCGGGGACAUUCCUUUGAAGAUCUGCCUUGCUUGUGGUAGUUUUCAAUUUGGGGUGAGUCUGUGGUUUUCACCCUUCAUCUUUCCCCUGGUUUUGAACAUCUUUGGCUGGUGGAGCAUCACUGGUUAUUUGCAGCUGCAUUACAGUGCACUGAGGUGGAUUCUUCUAACCGAGUGGUCCAGGUUAAGCUGAUUUACUAGAGAGCACCGGUGUCAUGUCCUAGUGCCUGAGCUUCCCACUUAGCUCCAGCUUUCAGGCCAUGGAAAUUCCCUAACCUGUCCUCGCACAAAGAAUGUUCCUUUUCACUUGUAUAUGUUACAUAAAGUAAAAAAUUGUGGUACUAGAAAAUGGAAGUAGCAUUCUUGAGUGACGUACUGUCCCAUUUUCUGUUUUGUGUCCUCUGGUAGGUUAGGAGAAGACACUUUAAAUUUACCAUUUUCUUGACGUUAGGAAACCUUAAGAGGACAGGCUGAAUCCCCAGCAGGUUCAGCAGUUCACAUGGGUUUACCCAUUGACCCUGCCCUCGCUGUUUCCGAGGUUAUGGGUGUAUACAGUAUUAUGUCCCACCGGGCCGUGUUUAUUAACCCUUCCUCCACCUGCUGCCAACCUGAGUCCUGCAGGGCGUGUUCCCAUUGUGCAAGUCAUCUUCCAGCCCUCCUGAUAACUUUUGGGUUUGCCACUCGGUAACUGAUCUUUGUCUUCAUUUCUCUAGGUUACUCUAGAUACAUUUACAUUUCAGUUACAUUUCUCUAGGUCCAGAUUGUAUGCCCAAUUGGAUGCCCCACAGCUACCACAGUUUACCUAUUCCUUUCGUGCCCUGGGAGGGUCCAACGUAUUGGCCGACGGUCUAUCCUGUUCUGUCCCAUCUCCACAGAGUGGACCAUCGAUGCUGUUGCCUUCCUAUGGCUGUGCAGGGUGUUUGGUCGCCCAGACGUGGACCUCUUCAUGUCAGCAUCUUCCUCUUCUGUAGCCCUAUUCCCUGACUGCAAGGCUCUUGCAGUGGAAGCCUUUCAGCAAGACUGGGCAAGUUCAGGGUUUCUGUACCUCUUUUUUCCAGUCCAGCUGUUGCUCCAGGCCCUGGAAAGUUUGAAGUCCUUCUGGGGGGUGUGUGCUCCGUCUGGUUCCUUGGUGGCUGACCCACCCCUGGUUUCUAGCACUGGUUCCGCAGUGCUCGAAUCCGGCCAUCUUUCCGCAGCUCCACAUCUUACAGAAGGUCGAGCAGCCGCUUCUCACUGAGCCGACCUCCGCUCUUCGUGUUUGGUCCUCCUGACAUGUGGGUAUUUCAGAGGAGCGGUCUUCCUCAGGAUUGGGCCGAGGGCCUGCUUGAUGCCGUCAUACAUUCCUCUUACAUUGCCUGUAUCUGCUGCAGUUUGUAUUUGGGAGCAGAGCUGGAGCCAAU